AUGGCACAAGGGGUUUUGUGUUUCUCCGACUGGAUUCGCAUGAAAGACUUCAAGGGCAGAAACACUGGAAGACGCAGCUUCUUGCGCUCCAGGGGAGAGAGGCCAUUCUACUUGUUGCCAAUUCUUGAGCCCAAGGUCAGUGGCCGCCAUCGAGCAAGAUCGAGGCAUCCUUCACGCUACGAUACUCGUGUCCCCGAACGUAUUCAGCCCACAGUACGUUUUGACUUGCUUGAGAGCACAAUCAGCCCGCAGCCAACCUUUGAAAAAUUGUCCACCCCUGUGCACGUAUUCUUCUCUACUCGUAACUGGGGGGUAAUUUUCCACCUGUCAGGAACUCCAUCAAUCAGUAAUCCGGCUCCAAGAGCAUGGCUGAGCUGGAAUGCGAGAUUCAAUGUGCGAACUGAUGAGAUCACUAACACCUACCCACAGAAGUGCGAGAGCCGGUUUUCAGGUGCCACAUUCUCAGUAGUUGAUAGGAAGCUCCUCUGGACUAGGAUUUGA